AUGAGGAGAAAACUUACUGCGGUUCAAAGAAAAUUUACGAUAAAAAUUAAAAAGGCUUACAACACAGCCCCAACAAACGCACUCCAAAUAUUGUCAAACAUCUUACCAAUACAUCUCAAGGUGAAAUACAUCUACUGGUACUGGUUUCUUACAUCAAAGACUACUCAACGAAAACAUGACAACCACGAAAACGACAGAAUCUACAAUAAAAUAAAAAGUGACAAGAGAAUCAUCAAUAUUACCAAGAACAACUAUGGAAUCGACAGAAAACUUAAACGUGACGAAUAUACUAGACACCCAGCAGGAGACAUAAACUACAAAAUCAUCUGGGAUAAUGAAGAAAAUAACAAAACUAAAACUAAAUGGAAGAUCUACACAGAUGGAUCGAAAAGCGACAAUGGAAUAGGCGCAGGCUUUACUAUUAAAAACAACAGCGACAGAACAACAUAUCAACACUACUACAGCUUGGAUGCACGGUGUUCAAACUCACAAGCGGAGAUGUUCGCACUACUAAAAGCUAUCAACCAUAUACAAAACAACAUCGACAUUUUUAAAGGUAGCAUUUGCGUCUUAACAGACAGCAAAGUCGCUCUGCAUACCCUGAAACAUCUGAACUUUCCUACUGUCUUAGCAAAAAGGCUACACGAUGCCACCAACACCCUCGGUACCAAAAGGAAUCUCUCUUUUGGUUGGGUCCGCGGCCACAGUGGCAACCAAGGAAACGAAAUGGCUGAUAAACUGGCCAAGUUAGGAGCCAGGAACUUCGUAACUUCAUCGUUUAAAGACACUCCUCAAACCAACGUAAAAAACUACAUCCUUUCAAUCAUUGAUUCUAUCUGGCAGAGGGAGUGGGAGACAGCGGAUACCAGAAGGUGCUGCUUUAGAUUUAUCCCCUCUGUUCAGUGCAGAGAAAAAGCAAAACAUUACGUCCCCAAUAAACUAACCACCCAGGUUCUGUUGGGACACGGAAACUUUCCGGCGUACCUGCAUAGGUUCGGACUAAGCAACAAUGACAAGUGUGACUGCUCCAACCAAGAGGUAGGCGACGCCACGCACUUCGCCUUCCACUGCACCAAAUUCGACGAACAGCGAGCUAAGCUAAUGCAGGAUUAUCUCACCAAAUACCCAAGAUGGCCACCAAAAGAAAACAAUAUAUUCAAAGAUAAGACUCUUUGA